AACUCCACGCCCACAAAACUUGGGUACAUUUUGGUCAUUUAAAUGCCUCUGUAGUGGCAAAAAAAAGUAGCAGAGUAGCAGAGCAUCCGAGCAGUUGCAGGCUUCGUUUUAAAGUUUGCAGACAAUGGACGCAAAGGACGCAAUGGACACAGAUCCCAUCGUCUCCACUGAUGUGCCCAUGGUGAAGAGAGGAUUUGACCAAAAGGUGUUCGUCAACAGAAAUCUGACGCUGGAAAACAUCAAAUGCUAUGGCUUUGACAUGGACUACACGAUGGCAAUGUAUAAGUCUCCUGAUUACGAGAGCCUGGGCUUUGAGCUGAUAAGAGACAGGAUGGUGUCUAUUGGAUACCCUCAUGAGCUUCUACGCUACACAUACGACCCCAGCUUCCCCACACGCGGUUUAGUGAUCGACACCACAUACGGAAACCUCCUGAAGGUGGAUUCAAAUGGGAAUAUUUUAGUCUGCAGUCACGGCUUCUGCUUCAUCAAAGGGGAAGACAUCCAGAAAUACUACCCCAACAAUUUCAUUCAAAGAGACGACACUGACCGUUUCUACAUUCUCAACACGCUCUUCAAUCUUUCAGAGACGUAUCUGUACACCUGCCUUGUGGACUUCUUCACCAGAUGCACGAGAUACACAAACAUCCUGAAGGGUUACCAGCAUGGCGACUUGUUUAUGUCCUACAGAAGCAUGUUCCAGGAUGUUCGAGAUGCAAUGGACUUCAUUCACGAUACGGGAAUCCUAAAGGAACGAACCAUCAAGAAUUUGGAGAAAUAUGUUGUCAAAGAUACAAAUCUCCCCAUACUCCUGACCCGGAUUAAAGAGGUGGCCAAGGUCUUCCUCGCCACCAACAGUGACUACAACUACACUGAGUCCAUUAUGAAAUACCUACUUGAAAGCAAUGCUAAAUCUGGAAGUCCGAAAAAGUCCUGGCGCUCUUUCUUCGACCUGGUCGUCGUGGAUACCAGAAAGCCGCUGUUCUUCGCGGAGGGGACUGUGCUGAGACAAGUGGACACGCACACAGGAAAACUUCGGAUUGGGACUUACACAGGCGACCUCCAGCAUGGCACUGUUUACUCCGGAGGAUCAUCAGACAUCGUCUGCGAUCUGCUGGAUGUGAAAGGUAAAGACAUCCUCUAUGUUGGGGACCACAUCUUUGGCGACAUUCUCAAAUCUAAGAAACGUCAGGGCUGGAAGACUUUCCUGGUGGUACCGGAGCUCACCAAGGAGCUGCAAGUGUGGGAGGAGAAGAAAAAUCUGUUUGAGGAGCUGAAACGUCUCGAUGUCUUCUUAGCUGAGAUUUACAAGCAUCUGGACAGCGGCAGCCAAGAGUGUCCCGACAUCAGGGCCAUUCAGACGAGAAUGAAGGUGCUGACCUACAGAAUGGACAUGUCCUAUGGCCAGAUGGGCAGCCUCCUGCGCAGCGGCUCCAGACAGACGCUGUUUGCCAGCCAGCUGAUGCGUUAUGCAGAUUUAUACUCGUCCACCUGCAUCAACCUGCUGCACUACCCCUUCAAUUACCUCUUCAUGGCUCCCCCAGUCCUGAUGCCUCACGAGGUAGCGUCUCAAAACUCGGCUGACUUCUGUUCAUCGGAGCUCACCGUCACCAACAACAUUGUCACGAUGAACAGAAACUAAGUGCUGAACACAGCUGAAAUGUUUCAGAAGAAGAAGAAGAUGAGAAGAUGCUUCAGAGGAAUCUUCUAAUGUGCUUCUAAGCGUCAUAUGGACAGUUCUCACUGAUGAAGGUGACUGUUUGCACCUGUGCUUGUAUAAAGGGUGUGUUGCAGCCACAAUGUGCCUCCUUUACAAAAAAACUAAACAUAUUGCUCCACCUAGUGGAAAUGCUAUGCCAUGCAAUGUUUAAUAAAUUAACCUAUAAAUAAAGUAUGUUGAGAUUUUAGGAUUCAAAGCAAACAGACUCAGGGUUACUGUAUAUAAGAGUGCAAAUUUGUCUUAAUCUGUUGUUACAUGUAGUGGUGCAUAUGCACUUUCAAUCUCAGGUUUGUGUAAUGGUUUUUAAGAAGUAACUUUAUUUAUUUGUUUUUUUGUGUGACAGAAAUAAUUUCAAUAAAUAAUUCAUAUGA